AUGGACGCUCAACCUCCCCCGAAACCUUGUUUAUGGAACAACUCCACUUUUGACGUUGUGACUUCCACUAAUAAUUUAUUUUCCUUCCCCGAGAACUUCCUCGACGAUUAUCAGAUGCUUUCCUCCGUGUCUCAUACCCAACUAUCGACUUUGAUAGAGGUCCAGCUGGUGAGAUUCUUUUUGGAGGAAAAAGCACUAAGGGAGAAGCGUUUCGAUACGCUAAGGAUAAUAUAUUCUAGGGUGUACAAUUUGAACAAACGUACAGGGGAUGGCGAGGUGGUGUUGAAGAAAAUGAAGGUAAUGAGGGAAGAUAUGAAGGUGCUCGUCGAAGGAGUGGUCGCCCAUGCGCGUGUUCAACAGGAAGAGGUGAAGGGUUUAAAGAAGUCUCUAGAGGAAACCCAUAACGCUCUCGAGGGUAUGAAGGAGAAGAAUGGAGAAGAUGAUCCAAUGGUUUAUCCUGAUGAGCUUGAAAUGCUGUUGAAUAAGAAAAUGGCUUUUAGAGUUAAGUUUCAGCCCGAAACAAUUGUUGAUCAAAAUGGGUUUCCGGUAUAUAGAAGAAGGGACAAUGGACAUACAGUUCUUAAGAAUGGAAUUCAAGUCGAUAAUCGGAAUGUUGUUCCAUACAAUACAAAGUUGUUGACAAAGUACCAAGCUCACAUAAACAUGGAAUGGUGCAAUCAAAGUACAUCGAUUAAGUACUUAUUCAAGUACAUCAACAAAGGUUACGACAGAAUCACCGCUGCCAUUGUACCGAAUGAUGAUGGAACUUCCAACCAGCCGCAGAACAUUGAUGAGAUCAAACAUUAUAUUGAUUGUAGGUACGUUUCUCCGAGUGAAGCAUCUUGGAGGAUAUUCUCCUUUCCAAUCCAUGGUAGAAAACCAACUGUUGAGAGAAUGUACUUUCAUUGUGAAGGUCAAAAUUCGGUAUAUUACACUGAUUUUGAUCGUAUCAAUACAGUUCUGGAAAAACCAAGUGUAACUGAAUCGAUGUUUACAUCAUGGUUCGAAGCAAAUUGCAAGUAUCCUGAAGCACAAAAUUUAACUUACAGCAAAUUUGUUUCAAAAAUAGUUUAUGUUAAGAAAAAAAGAGAAUGGAAACCCCGUCAAAAAGGUUACACAAUUGGUAGGCUUAUAUGGGUUCCUCCAACAACUGGCGAAUUGUACUAUCUUAGAUUGAUGCUCACACAUGUCAAAGUCCCCCGCAGUUAUAAUGAUAUAAAAACAGUGAAUAACGUAAAAUAUGAUACUUUCCGGGAUGCCUGUUUUGCUAUGGGUUUUAUCGGCGAUGAUAGAGAAUUCAUUGCAGCUAUUAAAGAGGCAAAUCAUUGGGGUUCAGAUCAAUAUUUGAGAUUACUAUUUGUUCACAUGUUAUUAUCAGGCAUCAUUAACAGGCCAAGACAUGUAUGGAGUAAAACAUGUCAUCUCUUAGCUGAUGGAAUACUAUAUGCUCAACAGCGAAUUGCAAACAAUAGAGGUUUGAGGUUGUCGGAUGAAGAGAUAAUGAAUUUAACAUUAAUUGAGAUUGAACGAAAUCUUCAAAGGAAGAGCCGAAGUCUAAAGGAAUUUGCUGGAAUGCCUUAUCCAAGUGGAUAUGUGGUUGAGCAGUUGGGAAAUAAGCUCAUAUACAAAGAGCGGAGUUACAAUCCAGCCGAACAAUUGCAAGAAUACAAUAAUUUGUUCUUAAAUCUUACAGAUGAGCAAAGAGGUGUAUUCAAGCGAAUAAUGGAAGCAGUAAACAAUCAACAAGGAGGCGUAUUUUUUUUGUAUGGAUACGGUGGCAUAGGGAAAACCUACAUGUGGAAAACUCUAGCUUCCUACAUAAGAUCAAAGAAACAAAUUUGUUUAACUGUUGCUUCAUCGGGCAUAGCUUCACUACUACUUCCAGGAGGUCGAACGACUCAUUCAAUGUUCAAGAUUCCAAUACCUACAAUGGAGUCUUCUACAUGUAAUAUCGACAAAGGUAGUGAUCGUGCAGAGCUACUAAAAAUGGCAAAGUUGAUAAUUUGGGAUGAAGCUCCAAUGGCACACAGAUUUUGUUUUGAAGUGUUUGAUAAAACCCUUAAAGACAUAAUGGGGCGUUCCAAUUGUUCUAACAAAUUAUUCGGAGGGAAAGUAAUUGUAUUUGGUGGAGAUUUUCGGCAAAUAUUACCAGUUGUACCAAGGGGCAGCCGUUCAGAUAUAAUACAUUUUACAAUAAAUUCAUCAUACAUCUGGGAUCAUUGUGUUGUGCUGAAGCUUACAAAGAACAUGCGACUCCAACAAGCCGACAAUACUUCAAGUACAUCUGAAUUAGAAUUGUUUUCUAAUUGGAUAUUAAAAGUUGGCGAUGGGAAAUUGGAAGAACCUAACGAUGGUUACACGGAUAUUCCUAUUCCAAAUGAUUUCUUAAUUUCUAACUAUGAUGAUCCACUAGAAGCCAUUGUUAGUGAAACAUAUCCGAAUUUUCUUAACAAUUACAAGAAUCCAGAAUUUUUGCAAUCAAGAGCUAUAUUGGCAGGAACAAUUGAAACGGUUGACAUCAUAAAUCAAUACGUUUUGGGAUUCAUACCAGGUGAAGAAAAGGAAUAUUUAAGUUCAGAUUCUAUAGACAUAUUUGACGGUGAAGGAAAUGAAGCUUUUGAUGUUUUGACCCCGGAAUUUUUGAAUACACUUACAACUUCCGGUCUACCUAACCACAAGAUUAAAUUGAAGAUUGGGACCCCUAUUAUGUUGCUUCGAAACAUUGAUCAACCUGAAGGUCUCUGCAAUGGAACAAGGCUUAUAGUUACAAGAUUGGCAAACCACGUUAUCGAGGCAAAAAUUAUAUCUGGAAAGAAUAUUGGAGGGAUUAUCUAUAUUCCAAGAAUGGAUAUGACUCCAACACAAUCUCCGUGGCCAUUCAAAAUGACUAGAAGGCAAUUUCCCAUAACUAUAUGUUAUGCUAUGACAAUUAACAAAUCUCAAGGUCAGUCAUUGGAUUAUGUUGGAUUGUAUUUGCCUAGAAGUGUAUUUAGUCAUGGUCAACUAUAUGUUGCAAUAUCAAGGGUCAAAAGCAAAAAAGGGCUUAAGAUAUUAAUCCAUGACAAGGAUAACCAUCCAUUGAAUUCUACAACAAACGUCGUGUUCAAAGAAGUUUUUGAAAACUUAUAG